AUGCACAAAUUCGUGCUAUUGCUGCUUUUUGUGUCUUUGGGUGCUUCUUCCUGUUCUAGCUUCAUCGCAUACAUGGAUUCGUCAAUGUGCGUAAACCUACAAUGCGAAUGGCGUGGCGCAGGAAAGAACUGCAAAUCUGUGAUAAGCGUUUAUGAUGCCUACAGCCGCCAAGCACUCCAAAAGAACAACAGCUGUCCAACGGCUUGGGAAUUUCUUAACAAGGAUGAGACGGAUGCCGACCUGCUCUUACGUUUACAGCGCCGGUAUCCUGUGAAUACGUUCACGGUCGUGAAAGAUCUGACACUAGAGGAUGGAUGUCAGGAGAAGCGGCUGUGCUGCAACGCCGAUCGGAUGUAUGCGAACGCAGACCAUGACGAGUGGCGCGGCCGUCUUCUUAAUCCGAUCUCUAGAAGGAGGCCGAGGACCCGAUGC